AUGAGAGAAGCCGCCGCCGAGCUGGUGCCCCCUCCCGCCUUCGCCGUCACCUCUGCCGCCGCCAUGGAGGAGCCGCCGCCGCCGCCGCCGCCGGCGGAACCCGAGCCGGAGCCGGAGCCGGAGCCGGAGCCGGAGCCCGAGCGCUGCCUGGCGGCGAGGCAGGAGUGCACCUCGGGAGAUUCUGCGUGCAAGAGUCCUGACUCGGAUCCGGAGGACUUUCCCGAUGAGACGAAUACGGAAAAUCUGUAUGGCACCUCUCCCCCCAGCACACCUCGGCAGAUGAAGCGCAUGUCCACCAAACACCAGAGGACUAGUGCAGGGAGGCUGGGCAGCCGAUGUAGUUUGAAAGAGAAAAUGAAUGCAGCAAACCAGCCUCCACAUAAAGACCCUGGAAAACCAGUGGAGAGUGUGGAGGAGUACAGCUAUAAGCAGGAGAAAAAGAUGCGAGCAACUCUUAGAACGACUGAGCGUGAUCACAAAAAAAAUGUGCAGUGCUCCUUCAUGCUGGAUUCAGUGGGUGGGUCUUUGCCAAAAAAGUCAAUUCCGGAGGUGGACCUGAAUAAGCCUUACCUCAGCCUGGGCUGUAGCAACGCUAAGCUCCCGGUCUCUGUGCCCAUGCCUAUAGCCAGAACUGCACGCCAGACUUCCAGAACCGACUGUCCCGCGGAUCGGUUAAAGUUUUUUGAAACAUUAAGACUUUUGCUAAAGCUUACCUCAGUCUCAAAGAAGAAGGACCGGGAGCAGAGAGGCCAGGAAAACACGUCUGCCUUCUGGUUUAACCGAUCCAACGAACUGAUCUGGUUAGAGCUGCAAGCCUGGCACGCAGGACGGACCAUUAAUGACCAGGACCUGUUUCUGUAUACAGCCCGCCAAGCCAUCCCGGACAUCAUCAACGAGAUCCUGACGUUCAAGGUUAAUUAUGGGAGCUUUGCCUUUGUCAGAAAUGGCGCUAGUUUCAAUGGUACUCCAGCAGAAGGGCAGAGCCCGGCCGCUUGCGGCACGAAGAACGCGGGUUACUCGACGUACCACGAGCAUCUCCAACGCCAGCGGGUCUCGUUCGAGCAGGUGAAACGGAUAAUGGAGCUGCUGGAGUACAUAGAAGCACUUUAUCCCUCUUUGCAGGCCCUGCAGAAGGACUAUGAAAAGUACGCCGCAAAGGACUUCCAGGACAGGGUGCAGGCGCUCUGUUUGUGGCUGAACAUCACGAAAGACUUAAACCAGAAAUUAAGGAUCAUGGGCACUGUUUUGGGCAUCAAGAAUUUGUCAGACAUUGGCUGGCCAGUGUUUGAAAUCCCUUCCCCUCGCCCGUCCAGAGGCGUUGAGCUGGAGGACGAGGGGGAAGACACUGAAGGGGACCUGAAGGAGCUGGAGAGUAGCACGGAUGACAGCGAAGAGGAACCGGAGACCAGACGGUCCCCGGAGAGCAACUUCGACGUGCAGCCGCAGGACUGCGUGGCCAGGAAGCUCGAGAGGCUGGAGUCUGAGGACGAGUCCCUUGGCUGGGGGGCCCCAGACGGCAGCCCCGAGGCCGGCCUCAGUCGGCAUUGCCUGACUUCCAUUUACAGGCCGUUUGUAGACAAAGCCCUGAAGCAGAUGGGGCUGAGAAAGUUAAUCUUGAGACUUCACAAGCUCAUGGAUGGUUCCUUACAGAGGGCGCGCGUCGCCCUGGUGAAGAGUGACCGUCCAGUGGAGUUUUCUGAAUUCCCGGAUCCCAUGUGGGGUUCUGAUUACGUGCAGCUGUCCAGCACGCCGCCGUCCGCGGAGCAGAGGAGCAGCGCCGUGUCCUGGGAAGAGCUGAGGGCCAUGGACCUGCCCUCCUUUGAGCCCGCCUUCCUGGUCCUGUGCCGAGUGCUGCUGAAUGUCAUCCAUGAGUGCCUCAAGCUGCGGCUGGAGCAGAGGCCCGCCGGGGAGCCGUCCCUGCUCAGCAUCAAGCAGCUGGUGAGAGAGUGCAAGGAGGUGUUAAAGGGAGGCCUCCUGAUGAAGCAGUACUACCAGUUCAUGCUGCAGGAGGUGCUGCACGACCCGGAGAGGCCCGGCUGCGACAUCGACGCCUUCGAGGAGGACCUGCACGAGAUGCUGAUGGUGUAUUUUGAUUACAUGAGAAGCUGGAUCCAAAUGCUACAGCAAUUACCUCAAGCAUCCCAUAGUUUAAAAAACCUUUUGGAAGAAGAAUGGAAUUUCACCAAAGAAAUCACUCCGUACAUCCGGGGAGGAGAGGCACAGGCCGGCAAACUCUUCUGUGACAUUGCAGGAAUGCUGCUGAAAUCCACGGGGAGCUUCCUAGAGUUCGGCCUGCAGGAGAGCUGUGCUGAGUUCUGGACCAGCGCUGACGACGGCGGUGCUUCCGAUGAAAUCAGGAGGUCCGUGGUUGAGAUCAGCCGGGCGCUGAAGGAGCUCUUUCACGAAGCCAGAGAACGAGCUUCGAAAGCACUGGGAUUCGCUAAAAUGUUGAGAAAGGACCUGGAAAUAGCAGCAGAAUUCGUCCUUGCAGCCCCAGUUAGAGACCUCCUGGAUGUUCUGAAAUCAAAGCAGUAUGUUAAGGUGCAGAUUCCUGGGCUGGAGAGCUUGCAGGUGUUUGUUCCGGACGCGCUGGCCGGGGAGAAGACUCUGAUCCUGCAGCUGCUGAACGCCGCGGCCGGGAAGGACUGCUCCAAAGACUCGGACGACACGCUCGUCGACGCCCACCUGCUCCUCAGCAAGCAGAACGCCCGGGCCCGCGCCGCCGAUGACCGCUGGGGCGCCUGGGAGGCGCAGCCGGUCAAAGUCGUGCCCCAGGUGGAGACGGUUGACACCCUGAGGAGCAUGCAGGUGGACAACCUCCUGCUGGUUGUCAUGCAGUCUGCCCAUCUCACCAUGCAGAGAAAGGCCUUCCAGCAGUCCAUCGAGGGGCUCGUGACCCUGCGCCAGGAGCAGACGUCCAGUCAGCCCGUCAUCGCCAAAGCUCUGCAGCAGCUGAAGAAUGAUGCCUUGGAGCUGUGCAGCAGAAUAAGCGACACCAUUGACCGAGUGGACCACAUGUUCACGUCAGAGUUCGACGCGGAAGUGGACGAGUCCGAGUCUGUCACCCUGCAGCAGUACCACCGCGAGGCCAUGAUUCAGGGCUACAACUUCGGGUUCGAGUAUCAUAAAGAAGUUGUUCGAUUGAUGUCUGGGGAGUUUAGACAGAAGAUAGGAGACAAAUACAUCAGCUUUGCCCGGAAGUGGAUGAAUUACGUGCUGACUAAAUGUGAGAGUGGCAGAGGCACCCGACCCAGGUGGGCGACCCAAGGAUUUGAUUUUCUCCAAGCCAUUGAGCCCGUCUUUAUUUCAGCCUUGCCAGAAGAUGACUUCUUGAGCCUGCAAGCCCUGAUGAAUGAGUGUAUUGGCCACGUCAUAGGAAAGCCACACAGUCCUGUCACAGGUUUGUACCUUGCUAUUCACCGGAACAGCCCCCGCCCUGUGAAGGUGCCUCGGUGCCACAGCGACCCGCCCAACCCUCAUCUGAUUAUCCCGACUCCAGAGGGAUUCAGCACCCGGAGCGGGCCUUCAGAGGCGCGGAGCCACGGCGGCCCUGCUGCUGCCACCGCCGCCGCCGCCACCGCUGCCACCGGUCGCCCUGGCCCCUCUGGCGGCGACUGCGCACCGCCCAAACCCACCAGCAGUGCCCAUGACACCAGGGGUUCCAGCGUCCCUGAAAAUGACCGCUUGGCUUCCAUAGCUGCUGAGCUGCAGUUUAGGUCCCUGAGUCGGCACUCCAGCCCCACAGAGGAGCGAGACGAACCAGCCUACCCACGCGGGGAUUCCAGCGGGUCAGCGCGGAGAAGCUGGGAACUCCGGACUCUCAUCAGCCAGACCAGAGAUGCCGCCUCUAAGCAAGGCCCCAUGGGAGCCGUCCAGAAGUCCGUGCGAUUGUUUGAAGAAAAGCGGUACCGAGAAAUGAGGAGGAGGAAUAUCAUCGGCCAAGUGUGUGAUACCCCGAAAUCCUAUGACAACGUCAUGCACGUUGGCUUGAGGAAGGUGACCUUCAAGUGGCAAAGAGGAAACAAGAUUGGAGAAGGGCAGUACGGGAAGGUCUACACCUGCAUCAGCGUCGACACCGGAGAGCUGAUGGCCAUGAAGGAGAUUCGAUUUCAGCCCAACGACCAUAAGACCAUCAAGGAGACGGCCGACGAGCUGAAGAUCUUCGAGGGGAUCAAGCACCCCAACCUGGUCCGGUACUUUGGCGUGGAGCUGCACAGGGAAGAAAUGUACAUCUUCAUGGAGUACUGUGACGAGGGCACCCUGGAGGAGGUGUCGCGCCUGGGGCUGCAGGAGCACGUCAUCAGGCUGUACUCCAAGCAGAUUACUGUCGCCAUCAACGUCCUGCACGAACACGGCAUAGUGCACCGCGACAUCAAAGGUGCCAAUAUCUUCCUUACGUCGUCUGGACUCAUCAAACUGGGAGACUUCGGAUGCUCAGUGAAGCUUAAAAACAAUGCCCAGACCAUGCCUGGGGAAGUGAACAGCACACUGGGGACAGCAGCAUACAUGGCCCCGGAAGUCAUCACGCGUGCUAAAGGAGAAGGCCACGGUCGCGCGGCUGACAUCUGGAGUCUGGGCUGUGUUGUCAUAGAGAUGGUGACCGGCAAGAGGCCUUGGCAUGAGUAUGAACACAACUUUCAGAUCAUGUAUAAAGUGGGAAUGGGACAUAAGCCCCCGAUCCCUGAAAGAUUAAGCCGUGAAGGGAAGGACUUCCUUUCUCACUGCCUUGAAAGUGACCCAAAGAUGAGGUGGACGGCCAGCCAGCUCCUCGACCACUCGUUCGUCAAGGUUUGCACAGAUGAAGAAUGAAGCCGGCCGGGCCUGGCCUAGCAGUGUGUGGACGGGGAGCUUCCCUCAAUCACUGCUGUAUGGAAUACUUACAGCCUGUGCUGAGAAGCAGUAAGGCCUUCGUAACGUCCAAGACUGAAGACUGCACAGGUGACAAGCGUCACUUCUCCUGCUGCUCCUGUCUGACGCGGCACAGGGCCCUCCUGCGUGGCGGGGCCCACGAGGUUGCAGAAGCUGCAUGUUAAGUGCCAUUACUACUGUACCUGGACCAUCGCCCCGUCUCCUCCGUUCCUCGCGUGACUGAGACCUGUGACAUCCGUGUCAUGUUUUUGACCUUCCUAGGUUCAAAAGAAGUUGUAGUGUUAUCAGGCGUCCCCGACCUUGUUUUUAAUCUCCUGUUUGUCGAGUGCACUGACUGUGAAACCGUAUCUUUUUGUUGUUGUUGGCAAGCUGCAGGUUUGUUACUCAAAAGGCUGAUUAAUGAAACUUAAGAAAAAGGUUCUUUUUUCAAUAAAUGGUUUAUUUUAGGAAAGCUCA